GUUGCUGUCAAAACUAUAGCAAGUGCUAAAUACUGACUACAACUGAUUAUGAACAACUUGUUGGAGAGCGCUGCCGACAACAUCUUUAUAACUUCCGCAAAUGUUUUGGAUACAUUGACAUACAGGUUUUCGAACACAGCGACAAAGGUGACAAUACCAAAUAAUAACGAUUCGCUCACUGCGCCGCUGACAGAGCAGCUUGCAAAGGACUAUGACACGUUUAACCAGGUGUUGAACGACUACGGCAUGGAUCUCAGCAACUGCGUGUACAUAUUGAACAGCAUGAAGACUAAGAAUCAGAAGGAGAAGGUGAUAAAGGCCAAGCGUGAGCAGCAGCGGCUGGAGGAGGAAAGGCUUAGACUUAUAAAGGAGAAAGAGGACAUGGAGAAGAAAGAAAGGUUUGCUAAGGAAAAUGCACAAAAGCAGUCUGCUCAGUUGAAUGGCGAGAAUGGUCUAACACAGGUGGACAGCAACGGCCAUAACAGCAGUAGCAACAAUAACAUAGACCUGUUCAACAUGGGAUCUACACCUGCAUCUACUACUAAUACCAACGGUCGCACCAGUGGGGGUAACAGCAAUGGCGGAAACGAUGGGGAUGAUAUGAUGCUGGACCUAGACUUGGACAACUUCAACUUCGACGGCACAGGUGCCGACAUGAUGAACUUUGAUUUCAACGACCCGAUGUCUAUGGGCAGCAGUGAUAAGGGCAACUUGCAAGGGGUUAAGAGCGGGAUGAAUACGAACAGAACGAGCCACAAUUCCCAAAGCAGCAACACAAAUGCCAAUGCAAGUGGAAUGGCAAACCUAAAUUUAAGCACAAAUCUGAACACGAACAAUAAUGCAAAUACUAAUCAAAAUGCUAAUUUGAACACCAGCACAAAUGCAACCUCAACGAAUGCAAACUCGGGAGCAAACGAAUAUUUUAAUUUUGGCCAAGACUCCGAUCUGGCAGAUUUGAAUCUCGACUUCUUACAAGAUGACGAGAUGGGUAAUCUGAUGCAGAAUAUGGCGGUAGACGGAGGUGGUUCGGGUAACUCAAAAAACGAAAACGAGAUGAAUGAUGAUGCUCUGGCCGCAGACCAAAUGGAGCAGUUGUUCAGUCAGUUUGACGAGAUGGUGGGAAACGGUAUUUGAGCCUCUUGGGUAUCGUUAUAGUCUGACGUAUUUAUCUAGCUACAUAUAUAGGUGUGUGUAGAAAGGAAAAAGAUCAGUUGUUUA